CCAAGAUGGCUUAUGUACCAGCACCUGGCUAUCAGCCUUUUUACAAUCCAGCUGUCCCAUUUAAGACUCCUAUCCAUGGAUGUCUACGUGCUGGGAUGUCUGUCUACAUUCAGGGUACUAUCCCCAACCACAUUAACAGGUUCGCUGUGAAUUUCACUUGUGGCCAAUAUGACGGAGCAGAUAUUGCCUGCCACUUUAACCCUCGCUUUGAUGGCAAGGACAAGGUUGUGUUUAACAGUUUCAUUGGGGGCUCCUGGGGUUCUGAGGAGAAAAAGAAGGAUUCCUUUCCUUUUCACAAAGGGAAGAGCUUUGAACUGACAUUCAUGAUCAACAGCAGCAGCUUUGAGAUCACUGUGAAUGGCUCUUCCUUCUACAAGUUCAAACAUCGUAUUCCACUGGAGCGUGUGGACAGUUUGCAGAUCAAUGGGGAUGUGACUGUUCAGUCCUUGACCAUUGCUGGAGGAGGUGGUGGUGGUGGAAUGGCAGCGGCUCCAAUGGCUCCCAUGUUCCCAAAUCAAGGGGGGGUGAUGCCAUUACCAGUUUUCCCAGCUGGGAACUUACCUGUAAUGGGAGGACCUGUGUAUAACCCACCAGUUCCAUAUAAUGGCACUAUCCAAGGAGGUCUGUUACCAAGAAAGACAGUGGUAAUUAGAGGAUUUAUUCCAGAAGGUGCAGAAAGGUUCCAUAUUAACUUUAAGGCAGGAUCUUCCAAUGAUAUCGCUCUGCAUUUUAACCCCCGGCUGACUGAGAAUGCAGUGGUGAGGAACAGCCAACUUGGAGGCCACUGGGGACAAGAAGAGAGGCAACUCUCCUACAAUCCAUUCAGAGCCGGACAGUAUUUUGAUAUUUCCCUUCGCUGCGGGAUGGAUCGCUUCACCGUUUUUGUGAAUGGGCAGCAUUUCUGCGACUUUGCACAUCGUUACUCCAUGUUCCAGAUGAUCGACAGGAUAGAAGUUGAAGGCAAUGUGGUUUUGUCUCUGAUACAGUUCUGAUAUGUGUCCAGAUGUGUUCCCGAGAAGAAAUGUUAUUCAGUGCCAAAAUAAAAUCUGAAGCAACAAA